GACUGCAAGCUGGAGUUUUCAUACUUGCCGAGAACGUUUCUGGCGUGGCGUGAAAGACAGGCAACUCUUUGAAUUCGCUUACAGUCACUACACAUACUUUAUGUCGUGAUUCCCUCCUUUUUUCUUUCAUCGAUAAAGAAGAGUCGAGUGAAAAAAACGAGGAUGUACACGACCGGACUGAAUCCCUUCUACGCGUCCAAUUUCAGCCUAUGGUCUGCGUAUUGUUCGGGUGGCUUCGCCAUGGAUACGAUGAAAAAGCCGUCAUUUUGUAUCGCAGAUAUACUGCACGUUGGAGACGCUGAGAACAUUCCUGGCUCCUCUGCACUUAUGGCCCACAUGGGCGCCCGGGCUCAGGUCCAUUCUUCUGGAUCUCCGCUCCGGCCGGCCCCGCUUGCUCCAGAGGCGGCCGUGUUCGGAGCGAGGGUGAACACUGCCCCUGCUUACCACAGGCACGGACUACACUUGACCUCUGUAGCCAGAACAGCCCUCAACUCCCAGUCAGCACCACCACCGUCCAGCAAAGAUCUCAAGUUCGGCAUCGAUCGGAUAUUAUCUACAGAAUUCGAGCCGAAAUCUAAAGAAUCGUCUUCACUAAGAGAUCUCACGUCCAUUGUUAGCUCCACACGCCAGUCAGCAGGUCAUGUCUCCGUGCAGCCGAGCCAGUACUUCGCAUCCUUAGACCCGGAGAUGAGCGAUGCCUCUUCCAUGAUGGGCUCCAUAGGCAGUGCCUCCAGGCAAUCAGGCCAGCAUCAGUACCAGGAUACUUUCCCAGGGCCCUACGCAGUCCUAACCAAAGACACGAUGCCGCAGACCUACAAGAGAAAAAGGUCCUGGUCCAGAGCUGUGUUUUCCAAUCUACAGAGAAAGGGGCUCGAAAAGCGUUUUGAGAUCCAGAAGUACGUCACGAAACCGGACCGGAAGCAGCUGGCUGCGAUGCUGGGCCUCACAGAUGCUCAGGUCAAAGUGUGGUUCCAGAACCGCCGGAUGAAAUGGAGACAUUCCAAAGAGGCCCAAGCGCAGAAGGAUAAAGAGAAGGAGCAGGCGGACAAGUCAGCCACUGAAGCCGAGCAGAAAACACAUGAGGAUUCAGAGGGAGAGAGCGAGCCCAGCGAGUCUGAGCUGGAGGACGAAGCCGAGGACAAACGAGACAGAGCCGAUUCUGAACUGAGCAAAGCCAGCGUCAUCAUGGCCGGACCACUUCCAGUAAAUACGGACGAAACAGCGACCACAAACAGCGCAGCUACAGACUCACCUACACCAUCACAAAUGCUCUUAUGAACCCGACCUCAGUCAAAUCCGACCAGUACUGAACUCUUAUGACCGCUAAGAUCUGGUUAAUAAGCGUCUUGAAGGAGAGAGAGAGAGAGAGAGAGAGAGAGAGCAGUCCGCUUGGCUCAUCCUGUGAAGUCCACUUCCACCUGGCCUCUGAUGCCACUAACAAGCUAAUUUUUGAGAGGGAAAAAAAUACGCUCUUUGUUGUAAAUAUUCGCCUGAACCACUUUUGUUGUUCACCUCAUGAGCGUCUGGGAAUGUUAAAUGUUAUCUUAAAGUUGAGGAACCUGAUUGUAACACACACACAUAUAUAUAUAUAUAUAUAUAUAUAUAUAUAUAUGUGUGUGUGUGUGUGUGUGUGUGUAUAUAUAUAUAUAUUGUUAGUAGGUAUUUGCACUGAAGAUGUAAAUAAAAGUGUUACUUUAAUUCUUAUGGAAAUUAUUGACAUGAAGGCAGAGUAAUUUAGGGCUAAAUAAAAUAAUCAAAUAUAAAUAGACGAUGUACAGUUAUAAUAAUGAUAUCAAAAUCAAUUCAGGUAUAUGAAAAAAUAUAUAAUAAUCAUAACACGUUAUAUCGUAUUAUUAUUAUUAUUAUAUUAUUAUUAUUAAUGUUAGCUCAUUCUACAUACGAAAAAUAAAAAUGUACAUAUUUAGAUUCCUGAGUCUUUCCACCAUCACACACCGCUCACAGCUUUUGCAGUAUAGAAUUGUCGCUAUAUCUCACGUCUGCUAAAGCAUUGUCCUUGAAAUAUUUUAACUAAAAUGCCCGUGCAAGUAUGCAAGCAAACAAUUCCAACUAUCCUCCCGACUGACCAUGCUAGCUUUAUGACCAUCUGAGCUUUAUAGCCGUAAUUUUAUUCCAUAUUUGUUAAAUACCCAGAUCAUAAGGCCAUGAUAAAUUGCAAACUUGACGUCUUUGGCCAGUAGGACCCUUUUGAAACAGUCUAAUGUAAUUCUGCUAAGACCCUUUCUCUCUGAAAAAUGUUAGUUGAGGAAAUUUGGCGUCUAACAAUAAACAGAAAGCGAAAAGGGAGGAUUUAUAGUUUGUGUAGAUUUACUGGCUCCAGAUAUCAGCAACAGAAAGGAUGAGUAUGCUUUAUGAAUCCAGGCUCAGAUCUGCGAAUGAAAGCCUACUCCAUUUAUGGACUCCGCUCGCUUCUACCACAAGCGCAAUGACAGGCAAUGAGGCUGCUUGUUUAAUGUCAGAGUCUGUAUUAAACAGCUAGUUUGGAGAUUAUGACACUGUAACGCAGGAUCAAUUAAAUGCAGCUUAUACACGUGGCCUGCUUACAAAACUGUGAAUAAAACAAACGAGGGCCGAGUAGCUACAGUUGUCUUUAUUAAUUGUUCUACAUAAGAUAAUCAUCGUCCUACAUUGAUGUCUAACUAUAAACAAUGUGUUCACCAAAGCUUUUCAGUACCUACUCAAGAACCUUGUUUUGCAGUUAGGUCACAUAAAGAAAAAUCCUGUUGCACCACUAUCAAAACAGCCUAUGCAAACAGAAGAAUGAGAGUGAGCAGGAAAGUCUAUUGCAAACCCAAGCAGCAACUCAUCACUCAUAAGACUCAGUGACUCUUGUGAAUAGAGUAUAAUAACGUGGGUCAGUCCACCACAAAAAGGUGUCCUGUCCAUAAGCCACAUGAAGAGUCUGUCAAGUGCUUGAGAAUAAUUUGAUUUGAAAAGACAACCAUACAUCUGGAAUGGCUCAUCAUUUUUUAAUUCCACUGCAAAAAGUAAAAUAAAAUCUGUCAGUGAGGCAAAGAGUAGGAGAUUGAAGACAAAACAAUUCUAUGAGUGUGUGUGUCUGUGUUUUUAAAACUGAGACAGAAAAAUAACCUAUUUUUGUUUUUGGUGUUGAUUACUGAAGUUAAGUUAGAUUUAAGGUUAUUACAUAUAGGUUCUUAGCAUACAAUACAGUGCAAAAGUCAAUGACCACUCUUCAUUUAUUUCCAAUUAUCCGUCAUGUGCAAGUUAUGUAUUGUUCAGAUGUUAUUAGUUAGAUUAGUUAUAAGAUAACUUACAUAAAUGAUUGGGAAAGUUAAAAAAUGUUUUCACGACUGGAGCUCAAAAACUAUUUAAAAAUAUAAAGAAAAUGGGACUCCUAAACUGUCACCGUGACAAAGAGAUAGGAUAGGAUACCUCAAGCUCCAUUCUUGCUUCAGAUCUGGAAACAUAAUGUGUCUCCACUGUGAGAUGACAUGUCAACUCAACACAAAUGUGUCGCUUUCAAGAAGCCAUUGAGGCGCUACACAAAGAAAAUAGACAAAAAAGACAAGAUCAUCAACAAGGAGGCCUCUGUUCAGUGAACAUCCUCCAGACUACAAUCUGUGCACUAUAUUAUUUAAGAUUAUUUAAGGCCUGUGCUUAUCACUUGGAACCAAUCACAUUACAACUUUUGGACUGCUUUUAUCAUAAUGCAUGCAAUGCUAUUUCCAAGUUCAACUGUUUUGACUUUCUGCCGCUGACAUACCAUGUCUUCAGUAAUCUCAGUUGGCUGCUUUAAACCUAUGAUAUCAAACAUACAGUGUUUCAGGAUAAAAGAGAGAAAGAGAAAUGGGUUAAUUGACUGUGUUAAACAAAGUAAUAAAGUUGAGAUCGUUUGGGCCAGGUAUGAGUGCUUUUCCAUUCACCUCACUAAAUUGCUAUGAGUAUCUUAGGAAUAGCAGAAGAGAGAGGGAGAAAGAAAGGGAGAGAGAGAUGGGGAACAUCUCUAUAAAGGAGAGCUCUGCCGGGGAAUAACUUUCUUUUGUGAAUGACUUCACCAAAGACCACCAGAAGCACUUUCUACCAUGGGGUCUACUUUCUUCUCCUCCGGAAAGAGGGAUGACCUCUUGAGAUUGCCAGUUUUUCCGCUUAAGACCACAUAUUGAAUUCCACUUCAGCGUUUAACCAUCCCCCUCCUUCUCCGCGGGCUCCCUUUCCAUUUCAUGCAGGAGAACUUUUUAUACAAAAAACACUGUCCAAAUGUAUUUCUCUGACUUAAUGCAAUAGGUAAGGGGCACAUAAUCAUUUUAUGGCUACUAAGUCCCAUUCAUUCAGUCAUAGCUGAUGAUGACGACUUGUUUUGGCUCUACAUUUGCAAACUGAAGUCAAUUUUUUUCCAUGGAAACCUCAUGGCUAAGGCCACUUUAUCAACAUUUGAGGUGUACUGUUGCCUGCCUCUCUAACUCUAUAACUCACAAAAAUUGCAUGGGUCAGCGUGCAUGAGUGUGAAUCUCAAAUUAUCCUCUGCAAAGCUAUGAAUUAUGGUUGCAUGUGCAAACAUAAAAUAACAAUAACAGUCCAGACACUUAACAUAAUACUACAGGUUUUGAUUUGUGAGGUGUCUUAAGAACUUUUUUUUACGUCCAGCAUAGGAGAAAGCCCAUCUGGGUGUGUAUUUAAUGUCAUUCUGCACCAUUAAAAGAGAUUUUCAUGUGGCCCUGUGACCCGAGCAGGACAAUGCAGGAGCUGAACGGCUUAACAGAUUUCCCCUCACAACUUAAACAUUUUUUAAAAAGUGUCUGCUUCAAAUAAAUUAUUGCACUGUGUUUUGCUUCAAAACACAUUAGCUCAGGGAUAAGCCUGACUUAGAGACUGUGAUCUAACUGCUGCUUUGAGGA